AUCGGUCUCUUAUCUGAAUGACAACUGCAGCACUACAUAACGGGCAAACAUUCGGCAGGAGUUCGGUAGAAAAAAGUCUUGACUAAAGACUUGUCAAACCAGGUCAAAGUAAUGAGUUAGAUUGUCAAAUUUCUAACAAACACAACCCGAGAUGGAACAGACAGGCGCUGCCACAGAAAAAAUGGACCAGGAGUUUGAAGAAAUGGAUUCAGAAGGCCGGUGGCAGAAACUGUACUCCGAAAUCAGAAAUCAGUCCCACGAGUGCGCCUACAAAGUGGCAAAGUACCCAGAGAAUCGCAACCGAAACAGAUACAGAGAUGUCAGCCCAUUCGAUCACAGUCGAGUAAGGCUGGAGAACACAGAAAAUGACUACAUCAAUGCAAGUCUGGUGGUGUUGGAAGAAGCCCAGCGAAGUUACAUAUUGACUCAGGGCCCUUUGAGAAACACCUCUGGCCACUUUUGGCUCAUGAUCUGGGAGCAGAAGACAAAGGCAGUCAUCAUGCUUAACAGGGUCAUAGAGAAAGGAUCCGAAAAGUGUGCCCAGUACUGGCCCACAGCGGAGGAGAGGGAAAUGGCCCUUCGAGACACACAUUUCUUGGUCACAUUGUUGUCAGAAGACACAAAGUCUUACUACACCACCAGAGUACUGGAGCUGCAGAAUCUUAAUACGGGGGAGAAGAGAGAGAUCUACCACUUUCAUUACACCACAUGGCCCGAUUUUGGUGUUCCUGAAUCCCCGGCGUCCUUCCUGAACUUCCUCUUCAAAGUGCGGGAGUCUGGAGCGUUGGGAGUGGAUCACGGACCGGCCGUGGUGCACUGCAGUGCUGGGAUUGGACGCUCAGGGACGUUUUCUUUAGUUGACACAUGCCUUGUACUCAUGGACAAAAGGAAAGACUCGUCAUCAGUGGACAUAAAAAGCAUCCUGCUGAAGAUGAGGAAGUACCGCAUGGGUCUGAUCCAGACUCCAGACCAGCUGCGCUUCUCUUACAAGGCUGUCCUCGAAGGAGCCAAGUGCAUCAUGGGAGACUCUUCUGUACAGAACCAGUGGCGUGAAUUAUCCAAAGAAGAUCAGGAACCAACUCCAGAGUCUCCUCCAUCAGCUCAGCCUCAGGCCAGGUGUCCUGUCGAGCGAUACAACGGCAGCCAAAAAGGAGGUCAGCAGCAGGAGGGAAGCGAUCUCAGACAGGACGGAAAAGUACCUGCACAGUCUUCCUGCAAGGAUCAGGAGCUGGACGGCAGCACGACACACAAACGACGCAGAGAAGACAGUAUUUCCAAAUCUGGUACAACAAAGACGCCCCAAAACAAAUCCAGGUCAAAUGACUCAGAGAGGAAGAGAAAAAGGACGAAAACCAAUGACUGCUGACCAGCUCCACGACUUCAGCUGUUUCCAGCUAUGAAAACAGCUGCAGCUCCACGACUUCAGCUGUUUCCAGCUAUGAUAACAGCUGCAGCCACAAGACUUCAGCUGUUUCCAGCUAAGUAAACACCGGCAGGGAACUCCAGCUCCCCCAGUUCCCAUCCUCUGUGCUCUUCCUCCUCAUUGUAUUUUAUUUGUUCUAGUCAACUGUUUCAGUAUCAUGCCUCUUGACAGUUGCAGCAUCCCC